AUGCCAAGAAAUCAAUUUAGAAUAAUCGUUGGUUCUUACGAACAUAAUAUCCUUUGUCUUUCCUUAGAUCUUACUUUAUCAACGCCUGUUUUCACACCAAUUUUCCAUUUCCAAGCUCAUUCAUUAAGUGUUAAAUGUUUAGACGUUUCCAAAAGAUAUCUCGUAUCAGGUUCCAAUGAUGAACAUAUUAGAAUUUAUGAUCUGCAAAAGAGGAAAGAAUUAGGAACUUUAUUAGCUCAUCAAGGCUCCAUAACUAAUUUGAAAUUCUCUAAGACGAAACAUGGUAGUACUGAAGGUGAAGGUAGUAAUAAUAAAUGGUUACUAUCAGCCUCUGAGGAUCAUAAAAUUAUCAUAUGGAGAGUAAAAGAUUGGGAAAAUUUUGGUACUUUAAAGGGUCACAUUGCAAGGAUUAAUGAUAUUGAUAUUCAUCCUUCUAAUAGAGUAGCAAUCAGUGUUAGUGAUGAUCAUUCCAUUCGUUUAUGGAAUUUAAUGACAGUAAAGAAAGCUGCUGUCUUAAAAUUAAGAAAAUAUUCUCAAAAUGGUCAAUUUGUUAGAUGGCUUGGUAAAGAUGGAGAAUUUUUCGCUGUUGCAUUAUUAAAUAAAAUUUUAAUUUAUAGAACAUCUACUGCUAAAGUUCAUUGUGAGAUUGAUAUUGAGAAGAAAACAAUUAUGCAUAUGGAAAUAGCGUAUUUGAAAGAGAAAUUGAGUAAUGAUGACAACCAAACUAAAGAGGAAGAUGAACAAGAAUAUAUAUGUGUUGGUAUCAGUGACGGUAAUAUUCUUUUCUAUCCAACAAAAGCUUUAUUGAAAGAAGAACCAAAUGUACAAGAACCUGAAUUUUCAUUGUUAGGUCAUACUAAUCGUGUUAAGGACUUCAAAUUUUACCAAAAUGAAUUCGGAACAUAUUUAGUUUCCAUUGGAUCAGAUGGUAAAGUAGUGGUUUGGGACAUGAAGGAUAGAAAUCAAAUAGCUGUUUAUGAUUGUGGUGAAAGACUGAAUUGUUUGUCAUUGGUAGAUGAAACAGUAGAAAAGUAUGAUACCAUGAAGAAGAGAAGUUUAGAAAGUGCCGAUUUAGGUGAACAAAGUGAAGUUGAAAGUGAUACUGAAGAAUUAAAGAAAGUCAUGUUCGGGAAAAAGAAUAAUAAAAAAUCAAAGAAGGCUAAAAAGAACCAAAACAAAAAGAAAGUUGAUGUGCAAUUAGAAUAG